UUGUAUGAGGUUGACAAAUGGAUUUAUUCGGCUAACGCUUCGACGUCUUCGUCUUCAUCAGAGUCGUCCCAGCAUGCAUCUCAUUUGCGUCCAUCGGCGGGAAUGGGAUCAUCCAGCCGAUCUGGUGGACGACGGCCGCCCGAUGAUCCCCAUGUUGGAAAGUACAAAUUGCUCAAAACCAUCGGCAAAGGAAAUUUCGCCAAGGUCAAACUAGCCAAGCACACAAUUACGGGUCAGGAGGUUGCUAUCAAGAUAAUCGACAAAACGGCAUUAAACCCGAGCAGUUUACAAAAGCUAUUUCGUGAAGUGAAAAUCAUGAAGCAACUCGAUCAUCCCAACAUCGUCAAGUUAUAUCAAGUCAUGGAAAACGAGCAAACACUAUAUCUUGUUCUCGAGUAUGCCUCUGGAGGAGAGGUGUUUGACUACUUGGUUGCACACGGAAGGAUGAAGGAGAAAGAAGCUCGAGUGAAAUUCCGACAAAUAGUCUCUGCUGUGCAAUAUCUCCAUUCAAAGAGUAUCAUUCAUAGGGAUCUGAAAGCAGAAAAUCUUUUGUUAGAUGCCGAUAUGAAUAUAAAAAUAGCCGAUUUCGGUUUCAGCAAUCAAUUUGCUCUAGGCAACAAAUUAGAUACAUUCUGUGGAUCACCACCUUACGCUGCACCUGAGCUUUUCCAAGGGAAAAAGUAUGAUGGACCAGAAGUUGACGUAUGGAGUCUUGGCGUUAUUUUAUACACUCUGGUAUCAGGAAGUCUACCUUUCGACGGACAAAACUUGAAGGAACUACGUGAACGUGUACUGCGUGGAAAAUAUCGCAUACCUUUCUACAUGUCGACAGAUUGCGAGAACCUGCUUAAGAAAUUUCUAGUUCUGAAUCCAGCUCGCCGGGGCACUCUUGAAGCUAUAAUGAAGGAUCGGUGGAUGAAUAUUGGUUACGAAGAUGAGGGCGAAUUAAAACCAUACGUGGAGCCUCCAAAGGAUCAAAUUGACGAAGCAAGGAUUGAAAAGCUCAUACAACUCGGAUUUAACAAAGGUAGCAUAUUGGAUGCUUUGGAAAAAGAAAAAUUUGAGGAUAUACACGCUACCUAUCUCUUGUUGGGUGAACGGAAGUGUGAAGUGAGUAUUCGGUUUUUUGGAAAUUCAACUAUCGAGGUCUUCAUACGAAAUUUUCCGCUAACACUGUCAACAGCCACCUCCACAGCCUGUGUCUACGUCAUCAGCCCGUGGGCAGGUACGUUUAUUGCAUUUCAUCGAGGGCUUUGUACACAUUAUUUUCAUCAGGAACUAGCAUUCAUUCACAAGUUCCGUUUACUUCUUCUUCAGGUACAAAUGCGUCAGCAGCCAACGUCGCGACAUACUGCAAUAAGCAUGGUUCCGGGUACUUAUCAAAGUGCAAACGAUGGUCAUAGAGACUAUUUGGCGUCCUUUACACGUGGCGGAACAUCGUCCACAGUUUCAUCAGGAUCACGAAAAUCAAGUGAUCCGAAAGGACGCGUCCCUAUAAAUUUAGGAGUGCGUGCUGCUGGCCACGGAAUUUCAUCUGCAUAUCAAAUACCUGCUUCUGCUUCUCUCGUUGGAAAAUUGCCUGUAGCUGGUAGCCAUAAUGGGUCCAAUUCAGCGGCAUUGUCUCUAAAGACUCCCGGAGCUAUAGCGCAAAAGUCAGGUUCUCAGAUUUCACACGCUCCUACCGAGCCUGCGAUAAAAGAAGAUGAAGAUGAAGGCAGUGAGUCGUCAGGUGUGACCCAUUUACCUAUUAUCGGUGGUGCUCCGGUGCAUUUACCGGCUCAUCGUGGCUGGGCGGUGUUCCUGGAUGUCAGGCUACGGUGUACAGCGGGAGGAUUGGUCCUCUUGUCAGGGUCUCCCAAACUGAGAAGGACUCCGCCGUUUCCAUCAAGAUGCUCAGAUAAAAGUAAACCGAUACCAGGAUUCAUCACCGUCCUGGUACCAAACUAG